UUCUUCGUGCCGCUGCCCGCCACGGCUGAAAGUGUGCUCUCCUCUCUCUACACUCUGCGGAAAAAAGCUCUUCGGAGAAUAUACAUAUAGGCUGUAUUGUAUAUGCUCCAUAUACGUAUAUAAACACAUAUGUAUUGAAAUUGAUAGAUACAUAGAUGGCAACUUCGGAAUUGGAUUCAACCUCAGCACCAACCGCCGUUCGUCCUCUGGAUAUUUCCCAGUUUCAGCAUACCCCUUCCUACUGUGAGGAGAAUGUGUAUCUGCUUUGCAAAAAGCUAUGCACAAGUGGGGUAGCUGAUGCUGAUGGAUCUGACCUAUAUGUGGUGUUCAUCUCCAAUGAAAAGAAGCAGGUUCCAUUGUGGCAUCAGAAGGCUAGUCACAGAGCUGAUGGAGUAAUUCUAUGGGACUACCAUGUCAUCUGCAUUCAGAGAAAGAAAGAAAGCCACUCUUCUCCUCUUGUGUGGGAUUUAGACUCAAGUCUUCAUUGUCCAUCUCCUUUGGCCUCCUAUGUAUCAGAAACCAUCCGGCCAUCUUUUCAACUUUUUGCUGAUUUUCAAAGGUUCUUCCGGGUUGUGCAUGCUCCAAUUUUCCUUCGUUUCUUUGCAUCUGAUAGAAGACACAUGAAGGAUUCUCUAGGAAACUGGACUGCUAAACCACCUGCAUAUGGACCAAUAGUUGCUGAAGAUGGAACUGUGCACAACCUGAACGAGUACAUGGAGAUCAUUGCUGCAGACGUAGUGAGUAACGUAGGUAGUGAUUCGAUCAUUGCAGUUCGUAGUCAUAAACUUGGCAUUGUGGUCAAUGAAACCCAACUAGAAGAAUUUUUCUCCCUGGAUGAUUUGUGAAAUCUCUGCGAGACAUGCAUUAUAAACUGCAUUUCGAUGAAGCUACUUAGCCUACUUUCCAAAUUGAUUGAACCUCAGGUGUCAAA